AUGAUUGGAGGAAUUUUACCUGACAAUUGUAAAGUGAAAGAAUCGGAUCUAGCAUUACCGUUAGGAAUUACCUAUGAUAAACUCGAAGCAAUAGAUUACAGCGAUGUUAUAGAUGCUUCGAGAGUAAGAUUUUUUACAUCUAAACCAAAGGAAUUAUCUAAAAUGUUGGCCAUAAUAUUUCCUUUUGGCCUAUCGAUAUGGAUAGCCCUGGUGAUCGCAUUCAUUCUUACUGGAUUAUGUUUCUACUUGAUCUUAAAUUGGAAUUCAAGGAAAAACCAGGCAAAACACGUUAAACUAUAUGAUAUAUUUUGGGCGAUUUUUGGAUCAUUUUCGAAUAAAGGCAGCUCAUUAUUUGAAGUUAGUGGAUACUGCAGAAUAAUGGUUUUCGGUUGGUUAAUCGCAAUAUUUAUUAUAGUAUCCAGUUACAGUGGCGGUCUCAUGUCUUUUCUUGCUUUCGCGGGUUAUGAAUAUGUGCCUGAAACGUUUCCUGAAUUGAUAAAAGAAAUCAGAAACGGACAUUAUACGGCGUCUUACGUAUAUAAUAUGGAUUUAGCCGACCAUUUUAAGCUUGCAACACAAGAGACGCCUUUAGUAUUGGCGCUUAAGAAAUUAAGAACAGAAGGUAAAGUGGUAAAGUUGAGAUCAAAAAAUGAUGUAUAUGAACAUCUUAUGAAACCUAAACAUGCUUUUAUCGAGUAUGAGUUGGAUGGAUUGUUGUAUGUAAGUGCAUUAGGAGCAGAUGACUAUCUGAUGUCAAAGGAUAGUCUUUAUAUUAAAUACGAAGUAUAUGGCAUGAUUAAAGGGUUUCCAUAUAAGAAGGAAAUAAAUAUUGUAAAUCGCAGAAUAAUAGAAGCAGGUCUUGAUGAACAUGCACAUACAAUCCAAUUGAAUUUAGUUAGAAAUGAGAAACUAUUCAUGAAGAAAGAUGAUGCUGCAUUUCAACCACUUUCAAUUGAAAAUUUAAUUGGAGCUUUCGUGUUUCUUUUCAUAGGUUAUGUCUUGUCAACACUUAUUUUUCUCAUGGAAUUAGCCCAAAAACUUAAAAAUAAAGUUUCAUGUCAAUAA